UCACUCUUCCUGCCAGCCUCCUGGCAAGAGGAGUACAGACCUGAGAUGAUGGCUCCAUCAUAGCCCCAGCCAUGGGGGAAUUUAAGGGAUUGCAGGCCUGGGAGAUUUGAACCAUCUGUCUCCAGUCAUGGGCUCUCAAUGUAGUAAGGGGAAUGGUUGGUGUGACAUCGAAAUUGAAAAAGUCUACACAAUCACGGAACUAUCACAGUCAACAAUAGAACAGAAACCGAAAAAGGAAAAAAAGUCAAUGCUUCCAUCCUCUUCAAAGAUAGUAGUGCGAGGCCUCAAGCCACAUCGACAACCUUCAUCUAAGAAAGUACUGAAGGCCAGCAGAAAGAUCCAGGCUUGGUGGCGAGGCACCCUGGUGCGCCGCACACUGUUGAAGGCUGCCCUCAGUGCUUGGAUCAUUCAGUGCUGGUGGAGAAAGAUACUGGCCAGAAAGCUGGAGAAGAGACGGCUGAUAGUCCUGCACUUGAUGGCACAAGAAACAAGGGCCUGUGUCACUAUUCAGUCAUGGGUCCGAAUGGUGCAAAGCCGUCAGCAGUAUUGCCGUUUGCUUUACGCUACCCACGUCAUCCAGGUGUCAUGGCGCUGGUACAGCUGCCAUACCCGUGGCUUUUUCCAGGGUUGCUAUGAACUUAUAGGGAACCAACUAAGUCUUCAGCUUGACAUCUUUCUGGGAUCACAGGUUUGUCGUAUAUCAGACUGCAUACCCUUGCCAAUAAAGAACUGAUCAGGUCUUCUAA